AUGCAUCUUCAACUCUUCCUCCUCGCCCUGGUGGCGCCGCUCGCCCUUUCCCUUCCUCAACCCAUUGGCCAGGGCGAAUCGGGUAACUUGGUCGCCAGGCAGGGGCCUGGUAACUUCACUGGUGGCGGUGAGGGUGGACAUCACAAAGAGAAACAUCAUGGCCCGCCAGGAGGUCCCCACCCAGCACGCGCCCUCAUCGAACGUCAGGACUCCGGUAACUCAACGGUCCAUGGCGGCAAAGGAGGACCACAUGAGUUCAAGGGCAAGGAGCACCAUGGCGGUCCUCCCCAUCCGGAGCGCGAUCUCAGCGAACGCCAAGAAUCCGGUAACUCCACCGGCGGCGGCGAACACCACGGCGGCGGCAAAUACCACCACGAAGGAGGCCACCCUGGUCCUAAGGUCGACAAGAGGAUCGAAGAGGGCAAUGGUACCACUGGUGGUAUUACUGGCAAGGAGAAGUUCAAGCCGGAUGGACACCAUGGCGGCCCUCAGAGGCCUGGCGAGCAUAAGAGGUCGAUCGUCGAUAUGGUUCUGGACCGAAGACAGCACAACUCGACAUCCUCUGGGGAAGAAGGGAAUGGCAAACAUGAGGGAAAGAAGGGUCAUUUUGAGCACAAUGGUCCCGAGUAA